AAAAGUUUUGUGCGAACUUUCUCAGGUGAUUCACGCGUUUGGGGAAAGCAAAAGUCGUCUUUGUAUAUACCCUGCAGCUGUUGUUGAUUCGGGGAGGCUACUUGUACAGGAGUACUGCUAUUGGCAGACUGCUGGUGUAUGAUGUACGUUGGGGAGGUUUGUUGCUAUCUUUUACUACUUUUCUGUGCACAUUUGCCAUAUCUAUCGUUAUUUAUUUCUGUCUGUCAUUGCGGCACUGGAGUGUGGUGGGAACGGUCGGGUCUACUUCUUUCACUUGUUUUCGCCUGCAUUAUUCUGACAUCUGACUACAUGGGUUGCGAAGGGCGAGGGAACGCAUUAUACUAUUACUGCGGAGUUACUGGCAAACGAAGGAUUCUGCUCGAUUAUUAGGACCAAUCCUCUGCAAGAGGAUAAGCAAUACGAAGAUGUUGUGAGAGACCAUGUUCCGUGACUAUUUUGUCUGAUCACCCCAUGUG